GUUGCAGACGCGGUGGACCUCAUUUUUACCCGUACGUUUCAGUUUUAUGACAAACAAGGGGAAUUUGCGUGUCUGUGUCUUCUUUCGGGAGACGCAAUGGACCAAAAAGGGAAAUCGUUGCUGAGUUUUCUCUGCGUCUUUGCUGCCGUCGUCCACAUCGCCACUGCAGACCUCAGCUAUUCUGUUGCGGAGGAGAUGAGACCCGGAUCCAUUGUUGGAAAUAUUGCAAAGGACCUCGGGCUGGAAGUGGGGAAAUUGUCCACUCGUAAAGCCCGUAUUGACACCGAGGAAAGCUAUCAGCACUACUGCGAUAUUGAUCUCAAAACGGGAAAUUUGGUCAUCAGGGAAAGGAUCGACAGAGAGGAGCUGUGUGGGGAGAAGGUUUCAUGUUUGCUUAAAUUCGAAUUAGUCCUGGAGGGCCCUUUGGAGCUGCACCGUAUUUCACUGCUCAUCCAGGAUGUAAACGACAAUUCACCCGUUUUCCCGAAGGAUACAGUUAAAUUGGAAAUAAGCGAAUCGGCCGACAAAGGAGCUCGAUAUCGUCUCAGUGAAGCACACGACGCUGACAUCGGACAAAAUACAGUAAAACAGUACAGUUUACAAAAUAAUGAACAUUUUGUUUUGUCUGUCAGAGAUGACAGUGACGGGUCUAAGAACGUCGAGCUGGUGUUAGACAAAGAGCUAGACCGUGAAAAAGAACACGAUUUAAAUUUUGUAAUGAUUGCUGUUGACGGUGGCAAUCCACAGAGAUCAGGAACUGCUAAUAUACACGUGACUGUGCUGGAUGCUAAUGAUAACGCCCCAGUGUUUGACCAAGCCGUUUACAAAGCCAGUCUACCUGAAAACUCUGCCCUCGAUACUGUAGUUAUCACUGUAAGUGCUUCUGAUGCAGACCAGGGAGUCAAUGGGGAGGUGACAUAUGAGUUUAGCCGCAUCUCAGAAAGGGCUAAAAAGGUUUUCUCACUGAACAGUAAAACUGGAGAGAUAAGAGUCAUAGGACCACUUGAUUUCGAGAGUAACUCUAAAUAUGAAAUGCGCAUCGAGGCUAAAGAUGGUUAUGGACUUUCAUCAGAUUCCAAAGUGAUGAUUGAAAUCACUGAUGUUAACGACAACGCCCCCGUUAUAUAUAUGAAAUCACUGGCUAAUCCCGUACCUGAGAAUGUGUCACCUGGUACAGAGGUGGGCAUCAUUAACGUGCAGGAUAGAGACUCUGAGACCAACGGACAGGUCCGCUGCUCCAUUCAGCAAAACGCCCCUUUUAAGUUGGUUCCUUCUAUUAAAAACUAUUAUUCUCUGGUGACCACAGGACAACUGGACCGUGAAGUAGUGUCUGAUUACAACAUUACAAUCACUGCCAGUGACGAGGGCUCUCCACCUCUGUCCUCGUCUAAAAGUGUUGAGUUAUCUGUAGCAGACAUCAACGACAACCCACCUGUGUUUGAGGAACAGUCGUACAGCGCAUAUGUGAGUGAAAAUAACAAACCUGGCUCCACUUUAUGUUCCGUUAGUGCUCGAGACCCCGACUGGAGACAAAACGGUACAGUGAUUUAUUCUCUGUUACCCGGUGAGGUGAACGGUGCCCCGGUGUCCUCCUAUGUGUCUGUUAACGGAGACACGGGGGUGAUCCACGCUGUGAGGUCGUUUGAUUAUGAACAGUUGAGGAGUUUUAAAGUCCACGUGAUGGGCAGAGACAAUGGUUCUCCUCCGCUGAGCAGCAACGUGACCGUCAGUGUGUUCAUAUCGGAUGUGAAUGACAACUCUCCUCAGAUACUGUACCCCGGUCCGGAGGGCAACUCCUUCAUGACCGAGCUGGUCCCCAAAGCUGCACACGGAGGCUCUCUGGUGUCCAAAGUGAUCGCGGUGGACGCGGACUCCGGACAGAACGCCUGGCUGUCCUAUGAUAUAGUGAAAUCCACUGAUCCGGGCCUUUUCACUAUUGGUGUCCACAGCGGAGAGAUCAGGACACCGGACAUUUCCGAGUCUGACAGCAUGAAACAGAACCUGAUUGUGUCAGUGAAAGAUAACGGACAGCCCUCUCUGUCUGCCACCUGUUCCAUGUAUUUACUGAUUUCUGAUAACUUGGCUGAGGUGCCAGAACUGAAGGACAUUUCUUAUGAUGAGAAGAAUUCCAAACUGACGUCUUAUCUGAUCAUCGCGCUGGUGUCUGUGUCGACGUUUUUCCUGACCUUCAUCAUCAUCAUCCUGGGUGUGAGGUUUUGUCGCAGGAGAAAGCCCAGACUGUUGUUUGAUGGAGCAGUUGCCAUCCCCAGCGCUUAUCUCCCUCCUAAUUACGCAGAUGUUGACGGCACGGGAACUUUACGCAGCACUUACAAUUAUGACACCUACCUGACAACAGGUUCAAGAACCAGUGACUUUAAGUUCGUGUCAUCUUACAAUGACAACACACUGCCUGCUGACCAGACUCUGAGGAAAAGUCCAUCAGACUUUGCUAAUGCCUUUGAUGGCUCUCCUGAGGUAGGCACCAUACAUAUUUGUAUCUAA